UAUGGGUCGGAACGUGUUUGAACGCGCUGGUGUGCGGCAUGGCAAGCUACUUCGCAUAUACACAUACAAGUAACCGAUCCGACUGCCAGUCGAUGUUGAAAAUUUAUCGAAUUUAAAUUUUAAUUGUCACGUUUUUUAGUGUCAUUUGAAGCACUAGGUUCUUGAUGUUUACACCUGAUUGUAGAUCAGAUCAAUUCUGUAGCUUCUGAUAAAGUUUAGUUUGUGGUAUAGUUCUGCACCUUUUAUUUCUAAAGUGUGUCAGUCAGGUGCAAUCUGAACUGUGUGAUCAGCGAAGAACCGAGCUUUGGUCGGCGGAUUCAAAAUGGUGUUUAUUCCACGCAGCGUGUCGCGUUUGUCCGUACGCUCUGAUACGGCCAACGUUUCGGGAGACACAACGGAUAUCGAGACUCUCAUGCAGGAGUGGAAUACGUCCGACAACAAAGCAGAGGCUUUUAAAAAAGUGGAAUCAGCUUUCAAGCGGAUGGCUGCAGCGAGCGCCGAUGUUAUUCCGGCUGGAGCAGAAAGCGAAGAGGAAGAGACGCCGAGUGAGCGCGCAAAGCCUGGCACUCCGGCUGAGCCAGGAUAUCCGGCUGUGCAACGAGAAACCCAAUACGUGUGCUUCAACUGUCGAAAGCCAGACCCGGGGCACACUACCAGUCAGUGCCGCCGUUGGAACAGUCGCCGAUUUCAGCCACGUGACGGGGAACGAGCAAAAAAAUUCAAGGAAUCUUUGGAGGAAAAAGAACGCUCUGUGCGCCGCAUGGAAGAGGAUCGCAGAGCGGAAGAUGCAGAAAUACGUGCCCUACGCGACAACGAAACUCGCGCUGAGCGAAACGCCCGUGAAGAGCGCUAUCGACGCGAGGACCGCGAGCGGGCGGAACGUCGCCGUCGCGAAGAUCGCCAGUGGGAGGAUGUCUGGGCCGAAAAAUUGCGUGCCCACCGAAACAUUCGUUUCUAGGUUUGCAAAUGCAAAAGCCAUGGAAUGAUUGGAUUGUUUUAUUUUUUUCUCACUGGAAUCUGUGGUGUUUUGUUAACGCGGUUUUGUGUUUACCUCCUCGCAUAUUUACAUGAAAGUUUAGUAACUGGCAGUGAUUCUUUUAUUGAGUGUUGUUUGAUGAAAAGCUCAACGAUAAGCCGACAGUAAGUUCCAAGUAACCAACGUGACUCUGGAAAUGAUUAAAUUCUGAA